AUGUCUAGCCAAUUCACCUCCCCAUUCCUCAUCAAAGACCACAUCCUCCGCGCCCAACACACCCGCGAACGCAUCGCGGCCACUGAACUCGGACAGGAGAACGCCCUUCGAGUCCACGUGAGACAAUACAUCCCCAAGUCUAACUCUCAUCCAAGACCGGGAGAUGUGACCAUCAUUGGUGCCAUUGCGGAUGCGUUCCCCAAGGAGAUGUACGAGCCGUUGUGGGAGGCAGUGAUGAAAGGGUUGGAAGGGAAGGGGAAGAGCGUUCGAGCGAUUUGGGUGGCAGAUCCGGUGAAUCAGGGAGAGAGUGGAGUGUUGAAUGAGAGGAUUUUGGGACCGGAUCCUAGCUGGUUUGAUCAUGCGAGAGAUUUGAUGUUUUUGAUCAAUCAGUUCCAGGACGAGAUUCCGCAUCCGAUUGUUGGGAUUGGACAUAGUAUGGGAGCGUCUCAUUUAGCACAUCUGGCGCUCCUCCAUCCUCGUCUCAUGGACGCUGUCGUUCUCAUGGAUCCAGUCAUUCAACGAGGCGGCGGUGGCUCGAACUGGGCUGCCGCUUCGACGUACCGGAGAGACCUCUGGCCGUCUCGUCACGUAGCAGCAGAAAAGCUCCGCUCAAGUCCAGCACUGAAGCUCUGGGAUCCACGUGUACUAGAAGCCUUCAUCCAACACGGUCUCCGGGAGCUGCCAACCGAACAAUACCCCAACCUACCCGCCGACAGCAAAAACGGAGACGUACCAGUGACGUUACAAACGACCAAAGCCCAAGAAGUCUACAACUACAUCCAACCCAUGUACCACGACGAACGACUCAUGGUGCCCGAAUCCGAACGACACCGCGAUUUCUCCGCUGAAGAUCUCGCUCUAGCUCCUAACGCGGCGUUCAAUCGCUCAGAGAAAAUUAUGCUUCAUCGUCGACUGCCGGAAAUCAGGCCAAGUACACUCUUUGUCUUUGGCGCCACGUCAGGAGUCUCAUCUGCGGACUUACGAAAGGAGAAGCUGGACAUAACGGGGACGGGACCAGGAGGCAGUGGUGGAGCGAAGGUGGGCAGGGUGAAGGAAGCCGUGAUCCAAUGUGGGCAUUUGGUGCCGUUGGAGAAGCCAGACGAGAGUGGCGAGGCUUGUGCGAGGUUCGUGAGCGAUGAGUUGGAUAGGUGGGCGCGGGUGGAGAAGGAGAGGUGGGAGAUUAGAGGGAGGUUGACGAGGGAGCAGAGGGUUGGGAUCAACGAGAUUUGGAAGAGAAAUAUUGGCGGGCCGCCGGGGAAGAGGAGGAAGGAGGAGACAGGUGCGGCUAAGUUAUGA